GCACUGUAACUGACAGCGACGCCGGCUCCCCUCCCGUCCCCAAUAAUCCCCACGCGGCCGCGGCACCCGGUCGCCGAUGGAUCUCCCGCCGCUCUCCCACCAGGCGCUCUUCGCCGCCGUCCGAUCCGCGGACGCCGCGGCCGUCCGCGGCCUCCUGCCCGACGCCGGGAGCAACCCCGCGGCCGCGGCCGCGCUCGCCGCCGCGCAGACGGACUCCGGGGAGACCGCGCUCUACGUCGCGGCGGAGGCCGGCGCCGCCGAGAUCGUCCGCCUCCUCCUCCCGCUCUACGACCUCGAGGCCGCCUCGCUCCGCUCCCGCAUCGACCUCGACGCUUUCCACGUCGCCGCCAAGCAAGGCCACACUGAGGUCGUGAAGGAGUUUUUGGGGCGGUGGCCUGAGCUUUGCCAAGUGUGUGACUCUUCCAAGACUAGUCCACUCUACUCUGCAGCAGUAAAAGACCACUUGGAUGUGGUGAACGCUAUACUGGAUACUGACGAUAACUGCAUAAGGAUUGUGCGGAAAAAUGGGAAGACAGCACUACAUACUGCUGCGAGAAUUGGGUACCAUCGAAUCGUCAAAGCACUCAUUGAGAGGGAUCCGGGUAUCGUUCCGAUCAGAGAUAGAAAGGGACAAACCGCCCUUCACAUGGCUGUUAAAGGUAAAAACACUGAUGUGGUGGAAGAAUUGCUGAUGGCUGAUGUUUCCAUCCUCAACGUGCGUGACAAGAAGGCAAACACGGCUCUACAUAUAGCUACACGAAAGUGGAGGCCCCAGAUGGUGCAACUUCUGCUUGCCUAUGAGUCACUUGAAGUCAAUGCUAUCAAUAAUCAAAAUGAAACAGCUAUGGAUUUGGCUGAGAAGGUUCCCUACGGCGAGUCUAAAAUGGAAAUAAUGGAGUGGCUGUCAGAGGCUGGUGCAAAGAAUGCUGUAAAUGUAGGGAAAGUCGAUGAAGCAUCAGAGCUAAGGAGAACUGUGAGUGAUAUCAAGCACAAUGUUCAAGCACAGCUCAAUGAGAAUGCCAAGACCAACAAAAGAGUGACAGGGAUUGCCAAAGAACUGCGGAAACUUCACAGAGAAGCUGUCCAGAACACCAUCAACUCAGUUACUUUGGUAGCAACCCUGAUUGCCUCCAUCGCAUUUGUUUCCAUUUUCAAUUUGCCGGGUCAAUACUACCAGAACAGGGAAGAAGGGAGAGAAAUCGGCGAGGCCUACAUAUCUAAGCUUACUGGGUUCCGCGUUUUCUGUCUUCUGAACGCCAUUGCCCUUUUCAUUUCACUUGCGGUGGUCGUAGUGCAGAUCACCCUGGUUGCCUGGGAAACCGGUGCACAGAAGCAGAUCAUCAAGAUUGUAAAUAAACUAAUGUGGUCAGCGUGCCUCAGUACAUGCGCGGCAUUUGUCUCGUUGGCCUAUGUUGUAGUUGGCCCACAGCAUGCCUGGAUGGCUUUCACCAUAUCAGCAGUCGGAGGGCCGAUCAUGAUCGGGACCCUCCUGUUCCUUGCCUAUCUGUUGCUGCGCCCGCGGUUCAAGUUUGGCGAAGAUAGGCAGCGGCGUAUCAAGAGGGCAAGCGGUAGCAAGUCCUUCUCCUGGUCCGUCCAUGAAGGGUUAUCAGACCUGGAAGCCGUCGAAGAACACGAGAAGAAAAUCUAUGCCCUGUAGCAAGUCACAGAUCCUGCUGUAGCCGCGUGUAACAUUAAGAACAGGUAACUAGAAGAAACCAAUUGCCAUUGUACAUAUUUGCUCGGCUGUUUUAGGUCUGUGGUGAGGCACCGCAGCAGACCUUUCUCUGUUCCAUCUUUGAUGGUUUGUAUACUUGGAUGAUUGUAAUUGUUGCUCAUUUUGUAAUACUGAAGAAUGAAGAGCUCCUCGUGCCGCAGUCUGUCCAGUAUAGCGACAAUGUUAUCCAUGUACUCCAGAAGUGCUUGAAACUGUUCUGUCAAAAAAGGGGGCUUAAAAACGGUA